AUGGCUUCUGAGGCUGCUCAGAAUUUCCUUCAGCCACUGUCUUCUUGGAUGUCUCAAAUAUACGAAGCUAUCCAACAAGCAGGAGACUCUAUAUCAAAUUCACUGCUGAAUUUGAGUGGAGUGGGUCGUAAGUCAGAAGAAGAGAGGAACAGGGACUUGGAGAAUAAUGGAGGAGUUCAUGAGGAUUAUUCUGAGGAAUCAGAUGAUGAACGACACCUGGACCUCUGGGAUGAGGAAUACCUGUAUCCUAGAGAAGAUGGUUACAUUGGGGGUCCUGAUCUUACUUCACAAGACCUCCCUCAUGGCUCUGACAUGGGUUUGCAGAGGCAAAAACGGGUUAAAAAUACCAGCAGCUUACCCGAGCAGUGUGUUGAAAGCACCAGGUCUUUGACAGCCAAUGGAUCCUACUGGAUGAGUGAAGACCUCCAGCCGCUUCCUCCCAUCGCUGAGGAAGAAGGUGAGCCCUCUGUGAGGAUGGGAGGUCAUGAGGACAACCUCAGCUUGGGUGGCUCCUUAAAAAGAAAUAACAGCAAGGGAAGUUUUGCAGAUCUGGAUGGACUAAGCCAACUGAGUUACCAAGACAACCUGUCAUAUCGUGAAGAUGACCAUGCAUCCAUUGAUUCAAGAAUAACAACCGAGAGUAGGGGCACUGGACAGCGUACAGGGACAAGGAUGGUGUCCAGCAUUGCCGAUGGCAUUAGCCAGCAAGUGAUGGAAGGACGUUUGGAAAUGGAGACAGCAUUUACCAACCAGGGAUUUGAAGUAAAUGAUGCUACUGACAGCUCAUUGGCCUGGAGCCCUGAGGAACAUGAUGAAGUGAACAGUGUACCAGCUCAUCGUGCUGCUCAUGAGCCCAUCUGUAAAUGUGGUGAUCUAGAUGUCAUCUUCAACUAUAAAGCCUCAAGUCAAAAGCUAGUAGUUACUAUCUUGGAGGCCAGGGAUAUCCCAGACAAAGACCGCAGUGGUGUGAACACCUGGCAAGUGCACACAGUCCUGAUGCCUAGCAAGAAACAGAGGGGUAAGACAAGUGUUCAGAGAGGACCCAUCCCCAUCUUCAAGGAUAAAAUUACCUUUAGUAAACUGGAGCCAGAGGAGUUAAGCAGCCAUGCCAUUCGUUUCCGCCUCUAUGCGGUGCACAAGAUGAUUGGAGAGAAGAUGAUGGGAGAGCAGUUGUUCUACCUGAGCAACAUCAGCCAGAAAGGGGAAGCAAAGGUGACACUGAUCUUGGAGCCAAGGAGUAAUUUGAGUGUAACUGGUGGUUCUGUCCUACUUCUGUCAGGAAUCUCUCACAGUGAUAGCGCUUCUUCAACACAGUCCCUGUCGCAUGGAGGGGUGCCAGAGCUGCUCGUGGGAUUGUCGUACAAUGCCACUACGGGGCGGCUGUCAGUGGAGAUGAUCAAAGGCAGUCAUUUCCGAAACCUCGCAAUUAAUAGGCCACCUGACACCUAUGGAAAACUCUGCCUGCUCAACUCUGUGGGCCAGGAGAUGUCUCGCUGCAAGACCUCCAUCCGUCGAGGACAGCCCAACCCUGUCUACAAGGAAACUUUCGUCUUCCAGGUUGCCCUCUUCCAGCUCUCUGAUGUCACGUUAAUGAUCUCCAUAUACAACAGACGCAGCAUGAAGCGCAAAGAGAUGAUUGGCUGGAUUUCUAUGGGUCAGAACAGCAGCGGAGAGGAAGAGCAAAGUCAUUGGCAGGAAAUGAAGGAGUCGAAGGGGACGCAGGUCUGCCGGUGGCACACGCUACUGGAGUCCUAG